CCUUCUCCAUUCGCAAUUUCGCAUUCACAAAAGGGCUGAGAGCCACUGUGAGAGAUAAGCAGAGAGAAAGAGAUAGGAUGUUGAAGGAGGAGACUACCGGCGGUGGUAAAGGUAGCGGUGGCAACAACUGGGCACGUGUAUGCGACACGUGCAGGGCCGCGGCUUGCACGGUGUACUGCCGGGCCGACUCGGCCUACCUGUGCACCGGCUGCGACGCUCGGGUCCACGCCGCGAACCGCGUGGCGUCGCGCCACGAGCGCGUCCGGGUAUGCGAGUCGUGCGAGCGCGCCCCGGCGGCUUUCCUCUGCAAGGCCGACGCGGCCUCGCUCUGCACCGCCUGCGACGCCGACAUCCACUCCGCCAACCCGCUCGCGCGCCGCCACCACCGCGUGCCGAUCCUCCCCAUCUCCGGGAGCUCGCUAGUCGCGCCGGCUGCUGACCCUGUGGACGGGUUCUUGGCCCAGGAUGACGUGGAUGAGACCUUUGAUGAGGAAGAUGAAGACGAGGCCGCAUCGUGGCUGUUGAUCAACCCUGUGAAGAAUAGUAACAAUCAGACCAAUGGGUUCUUGUUUGGUGGGGAAGUUGAUGAGUAUUUGGACCUUGUGGAGUACAAUUCAUGUCCUGAUCAGAAUCAGUUCAAUGAUCAGUACAGCCACCACCACCACCACCAGCCGCAGCAACUUUAUAGUGUUCCCCAGAAGAGCUAUGGGGGUGACAGUGUUGUGCCAGUUCAGUGUGGAGAAGCAAAGCCUCAGCUGCAUCACCACCAACAACAGGAUUUUCAGUUGGGUUUGGAGUUCGAGUCCUCAAAAGCUGCUUACAGUUACCAUGGUUCUAUUAGUCACAGUGUCUCUGUUUCAUCGAUGGAUGUUGGCGUCGUACCCGAGUCAUCGAUGAGUGAUAUCUCCAUCUCUCAUUCAAGACCUCCCAAAGGAACAAUUGACCUUUUCUCUGGACCGCCAUUGCAGAUUCCCCCCCAACUAACUCCACUGGACAGGGAGGCGAGGGUCCUAAGAUACAGAGAGAAAAAGAAGACAAGGAAGUUUGAGAAAACAAUCAGGUAUGCUUCAAGGAAGGCAUAUGCAGAGACCAGACCGCGGAUCAAAGGCCGGUUCGCGAAGAGGACGGAUGUAGAAGUUGAAGUGGAUCAGAUGUUCUCCACAACACUAAUGGCAGAAACUGGAUAUGGAGUUGUUCCAUCGUUCUGACUUCAGUGACAGAAGAAGCAGAAGAAGAAGAGGAGAAAGAAAAUCUCUCAGAUUAGAGUUUUACAAUUUAUUGCUAAAGCUCUAGUACUGAUGAUAUGUAUUUUCCCAAUCUAAUUGGUCUAAAUUAAUGACAUACAUGCUUGGUAAUUUUGUACUUUCUCUUCCUGAUCAUGCGACUCUAUCUUGUAAAUGCAUGUAAAUUUUUCAUUUUUAAAAUCAAGUACAAUUCCCCUUUUUGAGUUCUUCUUUA